AUCCAACACAGUAUACCUCUUUUCACCUUUCUCGUAAUAAUCAGACAAGAUGAAGCUUUACACAGACAAGAUCAGCGGUGAUGAAAUGUUCUCCGAUGGUUACGAUUUCAAGGAGAUCGAUGACGUCGUUUACGAAGUUGAUGCUGCCAACAUUGUCGUUCAAGAAGGAGAUGUUGAUAUCGGUGCAAACCCAUCUGCAGAAGAACAACAAGAAGCUUUGGAAAACGGUGGACAACAAGUUAUCAACAUCGUUCAUUCUUUCCGUUUACAAUCAACAACUUUUGACAAAAAGAGUUAUUUGACCUACCUCAAGGGAUACAUGAAAGCAAUCAAGACUCAAUUGCAAUCUACCGAUCCGGCUCGUGUUGAAAUUUUCGAAAAGAAAGCUCAAGAAUUCGCAAAGAAAGUUUUGGGUAACUUUAAAGAUUACGAUUUUUACACUGGUGAAUCAGGUAACCCAGACGGUAUGGUCGCCCUACUCAACUUCCGUGAAGAUGGUGUGACUCCUUUCUUGAUCUUCUGGAAGGAUGGAUUGAAGGAUGUCAAGAUCUAAGGAGUGUGCAGUACUGCAAAACAUAUAGUGGAACAUUUGGCGAGGAAAGGACGUUUUUGAUCUUUGCCUAAAGCACAAUCGCAGCUUUUCCAAGAUGGCCCGAUUCAGCUACAAAAAAACGUCGAAGUCAAAAAUGUUCAAAUCUAAUCUGAUGUUCACCGUUUACACUUUCCUCUCUUUUCACUUUCAACAUGCACUUGUAAGCGCAAUCUUCCUAGGGCUUUUCCUCAUUCAGGCUUUCAUCUACCAAUGCGAUGAUUGAGUCUGCUUGCAGAUUAUCAGAUAAAAAUGACAUAUUCAAAAGGUGUGAUGAUAUUAGAUAAAAAUAAGAAAAGAUACGAAAUCCAAUCACGAACGGGUGUUCAUUUCACCCGAACGCUUCCUUCGGGUAAUUCUUGCAAACUGUCUAGCACAUUAAUCAUACUGC